AUGGCAAAGUCUAAGAGCUUACCCUCAGCGGCUGAUGCCGAUGUUGUCGUCUUCUCGACGUAUCAGGGUGAGAAGCAGCUUGCAGAAUUGGUCAAACUGAUUGAUAAAGAUCUAUCAGAACCCUACUCGAUCUUUACGUAUCGUUACUUUCUCUACAAUUGGCCACAAUUAAGUAUUUUGGCAAGAGUUCAGCAUAAGCUUGUAGGUGUCAUCAUUUGCCGUCAAGAACCAGUGGGUGCGACCCCCGAAGAAACGGGAGAUGAUGGAUUAAGUGAACAGAAAGACCUAAAACGUCCAUGGAGAGGGUACAUUGCUAUGUUGGCGGUAGAAAAACAGUUUCGCCAUCGCGGUAUCGGUUCGCAACUGGCACAAAAAGCCAUCGAACGGAUGCGGGACGACGGCUGUGAGGAGGUGAUGCUGGAGACGGAGAUUGCUAACAAUAGAGCUAUUCGACUGUAUGAAAAUCUCGGCUUUGUGCGUGACGAGCGUCUAGUGAAGUACUAUUUAAACGGUGGCGAUGCGUACCGUCUGAAGCUCUGGCUGCAGUAG